AUGGCAAAAUCCAAAAAGACGCUCAAAGAAGCCAUGGAAGCCAAACCCAAAAUGUCCAAUUUGAGCAUUGAAGGACCAACUCCAACCGUCCACGAAGACGUCGAACAAGCCACCAAUUACCGGGCAUUGAAUGAUCUUCCUUCUCCCGCCACGAGCAUUUUGUCCACGGAUUCUCGGCAAUCGGUGGGAUCCGAACAACUCAAGGCCAAAUGGAAGAAAAAGUUUGGUCGAUUCAGCAAACCAAAGCGAGAGUCUUCCAUCAAUUCCGUGGGCAGCUUUUCGCAAUCGGAAGAUUUCAAGAAACUCUUUGACGAGGAUGGCAAUGCAGAGCCAACCGAAAAGCCAGAAGACGAAGUAUACGUCGUCAAACAACGAUGGGGAUACUGCAGCUAUGCCUUUUCUCUAGGUCAAGUGCUGGUGUUGAUUAUCAUGAUGAGUGGCUGUGGGAUUGCCCCUAUGAACAUUAACCCCAUGAUUGGUCCCUACCCGGAUGCCCUGAGUUAUUGGGGUGGCAAGAAUGCGGUCAAUAUCAUUGACGAUGGGGAAUGGUAUCGAUUAAUCACUCCCAUUAUGCUGCACGCGGGUGUCAUUCACUUACUUUGUAAUGUGGCCGUCCAGGUGGAAACAGGGGCCUUUUUCGAACGCGAAUGGGGGAGUCUCCGGUGGAUGAUUGUGUACCUUACUUCCGCAGUUGGAUCCUCUGCUCUCAGUGUCAUUAAAAUGCCGGGCGCCAUUAGUGUGGGAUCUUCGGGAGCGGUCAUGGGACUCUUUGGGGCCAAGCUGGCCGAAGUCAUGGUUCGAUGGUUGGAGCGCGACAAAUCGACGCAAGGACGGGUUGCCCAUCAAGUGCGGAAGGAACAAUGUGCCGGUGUGACUUGCAGUGUGGUGGUGGUGAUGCUUUUUUCCUUUAUUCCAUACGUGGAUUGGUCCGCUCACUUGGGUGGUCUCAUUGCCGGAUUCUGCGUGGGAAUGGUCAUUUUUGCUCUCAAUUUGAAAAAUAAAAAGGCAGCGAUUGGGUGGACGAUAGUGGGUACUAUCAUUACGUGUGUCUACUUUACCAUUGUAUUUAAGGAACUGUAUUCAGGAGAUGUCGAUCCUCCAGAAGAAUUGAGAGAUGUUUGUGGAUAUUACAAGCAAUUCUUUGAUGAUUAUGAAUGCAAAUGUAUGCGAGGGCAACAGAAUUAG